UCUCUUACAUAAAGUAGAAUAAAGCAAACAGAGAUUGUUUUCUUUUCUUUUCUUUUUCUUUUCUUUCCUUUCUUUCUCAUACACAACACAACACAACACAACACAACACAAGCAUCUUUCCCUCACUUUCCCAUCCUUUUUCUCUCUUCUCACUCCUUCUCUCAUUCCUCUCUUCUUAUUCCUUCCUUAUAUUAUAUACCUACAAUUCUUCUUUUUCUUUAUUUUAUCUUCUUCUUCUUCUUCUUCUUCCAUUCUGUGAUUCUUCUUCAUGGGACUCUGUCAUGGAAAACCAGUUGAAGCUUCACAUACAGAAAGACAAAUUUCAACCUCCGCAAACGAUGAAAUUCUUGAACUUCCACCACCACCUCUAGCAACCUCAAUUCAUCACGCAUCCACUAAAUCAUCCUCAAAGUUUCCCUUUUUCAGUCCUAGUCCUUUACCCAGUUUCUUCAAACAAUCACCGGCAAAUUCGAAUUCGAGUGUCACUUCCACUCCUCUUCGGAUCUUUAAGCGGCCCUUUCCUCCUCCGUCUCCGGCCAAGCACAUUCGGGCUCUGCUUGCUAAACGACAUGGCUCCGUCAAGCCUAAUGAGGCUUCGAUACCGGAAGGGAGUGAGUGUGAAGUUGGGUUGGAUAAGAGUUUUGGAUUUUCGAAGCAGUUUGGGGUAAAUUUUGAGCUUGGUCAAGAAGUGGGGCGUGGACAUUUUGGGUAUACUUGUUCUGCUAAGGGGAAAAAAGGAAGCUUUAAGGGUAUUGAUGCUGCUGUUAAAGUCAUUCCUAAAUCUAAGAUGACGACAGCGAUUGCGAUAGAGGAUGUAAGAAGAGAAGUGAAGAUAUUGCGAGCUCUGACUGGUCAUAAGAAUCUGGUACAAUUCUAUGAAGCCUAUGAAGACGAUGAAAAUGUUUAUGUAGUUAUGGAAUUAUGCAAAGGAGGUGAGUUGCUAGAUAAGAUUCUUUCCAGGGGUGGAAAGUACUCAGAAGAGGAUGCUAGAGUUGUUUUAAUUCAGAUACUAAGUGUGGUAGCUUACUGUCAUCUACAGGGCGUUGUCCACCGUGAUCUCAAGCCAGAGAAUUUUCUUUUCAGUUCUGAGGAUGAAAAUUCGACACUGAAGGCAAUUGACUUUGGACUCUCUGAUUAUGUAAAGCCAGAUGAGAGAUUGAAUGAUAUUGUUGGAAGUGCAUAUUAUGUUGCCCCUGAAGUUUUGCAUAGAUCAUAUGGGACAGAAGCAGAUAUGUGGAGCAUUGGUGUAAUUGCUUAUAUCCUGUUAUGCGGGAGCCGACCUUUUUGGGCCAGGACAGAAUCUGGCAUAUUUCGGACUGUACUUAAGGCGGAUCCAAGUUUUGACGAAGCUCCUUGGCCUUCUUUAUCGGAUGAUGCAAAAGAUUUUGUAAAGAGGCUGCUGAAUAAAGAUUUUCGUAAAAGAUUAACUGCGUCUCAGGCUCUCAGUCAUCCAUGGCUGGUAAAUCACUUAGAGGAUAGAAAGAUUCCGUUUGAUAUGGUAAUCCACAAGAACAUCAAAGCUUACAUCGGCUCAUCUUCUUUACGCAAAUCAGCAUUAGGGGCUAUUGCAAAGACAUUGACAUUAGUGCAGCUAGCAUAUCUCAAAGAACAAUUUACUAUUUUAGGGCCGAAUAAAAGUGGGCUCAUCUCUAUGCAGAACUUCAAGACGGCUAUUUUAAGGAGUGCCACUGAUGCCUCGAAGGAUUCGCGGGUCUUAGAUUAUGUGAACAUGGUUAGCUCAAUCCAAUAUCGAAAAUUAGAUUUUGAGGAAUUUUGUGCUGCUGCUAUAAGUGUCCAUCAACUGGAGGGAAUGGAAGUUUGGGAGCGACAUGCCAGACGUGCCUACGAUCUUUUUGAGAAGGAUGGAAAUAGACCAAUUAUGAUCGAAGAACUUGCCUCGGAACUUGGACUUGGCCCCUCGGUACCUAUUCAUACGGUACUCCAAGAUUGGAUAAGACACUUCGACGGAAAGCUUAGUUUCUUAGGGUUUGUCAGACUCCUGCACGGAGUUUCAACUCGCGGACUUCACAAGGCUUGAGAGAAAAUACACAUGAUUGCGAUUGUUUUUUCUUGCCUCUGUUGAUCAUAAGAUCUUUUGAUGAGAUUUGAAUGCAUGACUCAUGAACAAAACUACAACAGCAUAUCUCUUCAUUAUGAUUCCAAACAUGGCUUUUACAAAGCCAAAUGCCUAUAUAUUUAGCUUGUUGGGAGUUAGUUGCCUUGUGAUGAUGCUAUUUGCAACAUCCCUUCUAGCGUUUUACAAACCGAAAAACACAUUCUUCCACCCUUGUUUUAUUGCUCUCUUUAAGUUAUAGAUCGAUGGUGCUGGAGUUAGAGGCUUGUACAGAUCAUAGUAGAGCACAAAUUGUACUUAGGACUCUAGUGGAGCUCUGUAAAUGAGCUGUGUUUCCCGGUUUAUCUAGUGUACCGCAUGGUACUUAUGAAUAAACUCUUUUCAAUGUGAACUCCUUGAUAGUUGACAGUGAAGCUUUUUUUUUUAUAUGUUUCAA